AUGGCGUCAAAUAUCACUCAUGUCGCCGAACCUUGCGCAACCGACCCGACCUCUCUCCCGCCAUCGCACAACCCUCCGACGCGGCGACGGCUUUCGUGGCGCACGUCCGUUUCGCAACAUUCUGACAUCUUGCGCGAUCACCCUUCCGGGGUACAUGAUCCCCACACCGCUCUAAUGCUGGGCCACGACCACGAAGGCCUUAGCGAUCGCAACACUUCAAACAAGAUCGAAAAGAUGAUCGCGCCCUACCUCGCCCAGCACAUACCCCAGCAGUACAACCCCCUCGGCGGCGGAGCAGAGCCGCAUGUCUCGGGCCACACCAACACAAAGUACUGCUACCGCCAUCGACCCGACAUGCUCUGUAGGAAGCAAGCAGACGAGCCGACCAUGGAGCAGCUGCAGGAUGAACUCGGGAGAGAGUCGCAAAACGACCAGCAGAGCAUCGCCAACGUGUGGUCCCUCUUCUCCGCCGCACCUGCCAGACAACGAAACCUCAUGCUCCAAGGCAUCCUCUCGACGUGCUGCUUCCCCCAGCUUUCCUUCAUCUCCUCCAACGUCCGCAACCUCAUCAAGAUCGACUUCCUCUCCGCACUCCCUCCGGAGCUCGGCUUCAAGAUUCUGUGCUACCUCGACACAACCUCCCUUUGCAAAGCCGCACAAGUCAGCCAGCGAUGGAGACAACUCGCAGACGACGAUGUCGUAUGGCACAAGAUGUGCGAACAGCACAUUGACAGGAAGUGCACAAAGUGCGGCUGGGGUCUGCCUCUACUAGAUCAACGGAGACUUCGCACUGAGAAGAGGCGCAUUCAGCUGCGUGCUUCUGGCCGAGGACUCAACGAGUGGUCGCCCGACAUCGACAUCACCCCUGCCGUAGAUGGACCCACCCCGCCAGCCCCUCUGGUCUCUCACACGUCUGACCUCUCCGAGACGACCUCCGGAUCCAAGCGCUCUGCUGAAGAUGACCCUUCAUCGCCAGAGUCAUCGUGCAAGCGCCCUUGCACCACGCAAGUAUCUCUUCGUGACCAGCAGGCGUCCUACUUCGACCAGCCAAAGAAGAGGCCGUGGAAAGACGUGUACAAGGACCGCUUCAAGGUGGGAACCAACUGGAAAUACGGACGCUACUCCACGCGUGUCUUGAAAGGGCACACGAAUGGCGUCAUGUGCCUCCAAUUUGACGAGCGGACGCUCAUCACCGGAUCCUACGAUAACACCAUCAAGGUCUGGGAUGUCAACACGGGCACUGAAAUCCGCACCCUUAGAGGACAUCGACUCCCCGUACGGUGUUUGCAGUUUGAUGAUGCGCGACUGAUAACUGGAAGCUUGGACGGUACCAUGAAGGUAUGGGACUGGAAGACUGGCGAAUGCAAGACGACGAUCCCGGCUCAUGAAGCUGGAGUCAUCGGAUUGCAUAUGGUGGAUAAGCUGUUAGCAUCAGGAUCUGCGGAUCACACCAUUGCAGUCCAUGACCUCGGCACAAAGCAGAAGUUCCGACUGCGUGGUCACGAGGACUGGGUCAACUCUGUCAAGAUUGAUUUGCCUUCUCGCACGUUGUUUUCUGCGUCCGAUGACCAGACUGUCAAGCUUUGGGAUCUCGACACACGGACCUGCAUCAAGACGUUCGAAGGUCACGUUGGCCAGGUCCAGCAAGUACUUCCUCUUCCCGCCGAGUUCGAGAUUGACGAAGCGGAUUUCCUGCCCAACGCACACAACGACUCUGAUACGGCAUCGCUCGCGUCAGAGAACCUGAACUCAGGCUCUUCGUUUGAGGCUACGAACACUGAGACUUUCUUCCCCAACGACCCGGAUAGGCCGGCUCCGCCAACUUACAUGCUCACCGGAUCGCUCGAUGGAACGAUCCGCCUCUGGCACGUUCCCUCUGGCCGCACCAUUCACCGCUUCUUCGGCCACAUUGAAGGUGUUUGGAGUCUCGCUGCCGAUACUCUACGUCUUGUUUCUGGAGCUGAAGACAAGUUGAUCAAGAUCUGGGAUCCUCGCACCGGCAAACACGAACGCACACUAUCCGGCCACGAGGGCCCAGUAAACUGUGUGGGUCUGAGCGACUCCCGACUCAUCAGCGGCAGCGAAGAUGGCACCGUGAGGGUGCACUGCUUCGUUAGCGAGGGAUGA